CAGGGGUGGGGGCAGCGGCGGUCCGGGGCGUCGCGUGGCUGGGGUGCCAGGAGCCGGUCGUCCCGCAGCCCCUCUCCCUCUUGGAUCCCCUGCCCUCUUCCCCCCCUUCCCGCCCCGGCCCACGGUGCGAGGCUGGGAGCCGCCGCCCGGGCCGCGCCGCGUUGCCUGUGAAGGGCACAAGUCAGAGCCCAUCAUGCCUCCUUGCAAAGAUGCUAGCAGUCUCAGCAGCUCAGCAGCAGGGCUCAUCUGCCUCCCACCGGUUUCUGAGGAGCUGCGGCUUGUGUGGACUCCAGCGGCGCAGACCAGUGAGCUGGAUGGAAACGAGCACCUGCUGCAGACCUUCAGCUACUUCCCCUACCCGAGCCUGGCAGACAUCGCUCUCCUCUGCCUCCGGCAUGGGCUGCAGAUGGAGAAGGUCAAGACCUGGUUCAUGGCCCAACGCCUCCGCUGUGGCAUUAGCUGGUCAACUGAAGAGAUAGAAGAGACUCGAGCCCGAGUGGUGUACCACCGAGAUCAGCUCCAUUUCAAGUCUCUCCUCUCUUUCACACGUCACACAGUGCAGCCCCCAGAGGAGAUGCCUCCAGUGCCCGCUCCAGAGCAAGUUGCUCUUGGACUGGGUCCUCUGGCACUAAGUGAGCCCAGUCAGAUGAAAAAACUGAAGGUUGAGCCUGAGGAGCCCUCUCAGGUACCACAGCUGCCGCUGAGCCACCAGAAAGUGAAGGAACCUCUGGUGACAGGCAGCAAAGCAUUCCCCCACCAAUCAGAUUUUUGUCAGGAUCUUCAGAUCGGUGGCUUCUCCAAGGAGCAUGCAGGCGGGGGUCCUGACCAGUCAUGUAGUGGAGGGACUGCUCACUGCACAGCUGUCCAUCAGCCGGAUAAGCCCCCACUGACCUCAUUACUUGACAGUAGUUGUGAGGAGGAAUCCAUACCUUGUGGGACACCUCCAUCUUCCUCUACCUCUUCUCCUACUUUCCAGGUAUUGGCUAAUGGAACCGCUGCCACCCCUCAACCCCUCCAGCCUUCGGGCUAUAUCCCACAGUCAUUCUUACCUAGUGAGCAGGCACCGUCUCCACAAGUAGAGCUGCCUUGGCCCCAAAGGCUACGGAAUAACUCAGUAGCAAGUAGAGCUGGCCCCACAGAAUACCUUUCCCCAGAUACGCAACACCAGCGAAAGACUAAGCGUAAAACCAAAGAACAGCUGGCCAUCCUCAAAUCCUUUUUCUUACAGUGCCAGUGGGCACGACGAGAAGAUUACCAUAAGCUGGAACAAAUCACUGGUUUACCUCGACCUGAGAUCAUUCAGUGGUUUGGUGACACGCGAUACGCCUUGAAGCAUGGACAGCUGAAAUGGUUUCGGGACAACGCAGUACUUGGCACCCCUAGUUUUCAAGAUCCAGCCAUCCCUACACCAUCAACUCGUUCGUUGAAAGAAUGGGCCAAGACAGCACCUCUGCCCGCCCCACCGCCCCCACCAGAUAGACGACCUUUGGAGAGGUACUGGGAAGCCCACCAGCAGCUGCAGGAAGCUGAUAUCCUUAAACUGAGUCAGGCGUCAAGACUCAGCACUCAGCAGGUGCUGGACUGGUUUGACUCUCGAUUGCCUAAGCCAGCAGAGGUGGUAGUUUGUCUAGAGGAAGAUGAGGAAGGUGAUGAUGAAGAACUGCCAGAAGAUGGUGAGGAGGAAGAGGAGGAAGAGGAGGAAGAGGAGGAAGAGGAUGAUGAUGUAGUAAUCAGACAGGACUGAGCGAGGCUGAGGCAAAGGGGAUUAUUAUUACUGAAAGAUUAACCGUUUUAGUGACUGUUGAAACCUUUUUGGAAUUACUCUUGUUACAAAGAACUAAAAAGCUCUCUGCUCUUCAGAGUGGGCAAAGGGGGUAACUAGAAGGUAGCCUGGGGAGGGUGACCAGGAUACACACUUAAGACUGCAUCAACACAGCCUCCA